AUCAUCAAUUCGCAUCGAUACCAUCAAAACUAUUAGUUUUUUGCUGAUUUGACACUGCCCAAAGUCAGGUUGACAAAAAUACUCCGUACAACGAGGGAUGCUUGAUCAACUGAUAACUGUCGGAAAACGGAAGGUCGCCCUUCCCGCCAAGUCCAACCCUUGCAAACCCCCAAUCAAUUUUGCAGACCACCUCACAUCCUCAUCACAUCUCGUGGUCCAAAGAAGUUUUCCAUCUUUCCAUCUGGACCAUGCCCUUCACUCCGAAACGACCGCUUGGCACUUGAUCUCAACAUUGAGCCUCUCGUUGGGCAGCGCAGCAACCUGAACGCAAGUCCGAGCUGGUGCUUUGGUGCGGUCUGGCCAAACUUUGUUCCACUCGGCGUUCAUGGCGGCGUAAUCGCUUCGAAUAUCCGUCAAGAAGACCGUCGCGUCCACAACACUUUCAAGACCACAUUUCCCGUCCGUGGCCCCGCGAAUGAUAGUUUCGAUGUUCCUCAGAACAGCUGCUGUCUGUGUCCCGCAGUCCAAAAUAUGUGUUCCGUCGGCCUGUGUUUCGCAACCUUCGUAGGUGCCGUCUCCGCGUCGACUCGAGGUACCCGAUACGAAUAUUGUUCGCGCCGUACUUGGGAUGGUGCGGGCAUGAGGAUAGUUGGCCAGCCCCUGGGCUCCAGUCGCUGGCAGCAAGUAGCCUGUUCCGUUUGGUGAUGCCAUUUUGCGUUUGAUGUAGUCUUUUGUCGACAGGAUAUGGUAGUUGAGGCCCAGUUGGUGAUACUUGACACCAGACGUUGUUAUACCGAAGCCAAGAACCCCUCCGGCCCCUCACUGAGGUCCCGUUCGAUAAGCGCCAAGCGCCGGAUCCCGUUUUGACCUACCUGACCCGCCUUCCGUCCCGACCCGCGAUUUGCCGACACUACUGCUGCUCUACAUCACUGGCCUAGAAUCUUGUCUCGAUACAUGUGACAUAUUCACCAGAGCACCAUAUUGUCCUAUUUCUACCCCUGGAUAAUCCAAUCUUUGUUGUGCCAUCGCUAAAAGUGUUUUGAAGUGUUGCUCUUGUAUCGACAAAUAUGUCGUCCUCGACCUCAGACAGACGGUUGAGUGAGCUGUGGAGCUGCGUUACGCUCGACGAGGCAAGCUCACUUAUAGACUCCACAAGCAGCCCCUUCUCACUUCAGAACUUUGUUGGAGGCCAAUACAUUGCUCCUCCUGACUCCUUGACCAGCUCCUCGCAACACAUCACCUCGUUCGAGCCAAAGACUGGUCGUCCCAUCUACACGCUUCCGUGUACUCAACCCCAUGCCGUGGAGGCGGCCAUCAAAGCCGCCAAGGCGGCUUUUCCAUCAUGGAGCAAAACAGCCCGUGCAGAGAGAUCGGCCAUUCUCUGGAAAGUGAGCGAACUACUCCAGCAAAACAGAGAAGUCUUUGCGAUAUGGGAAAGCAUCGACCAGGGAAAGACACUGGAGAGAGCUAGGGUAGAGGUUGAUAGGGCCAUAUCCAACUUCUCAUAUUUUUCGACCUUUAUCCUCCACGAGCAAACAGCCGCGCGGAUGGUGGAUGGAGUUGCUCUUACCUAUGAACAUCGCUCACCAGCCGGCGUAUUUGCCCUGAUCUCACCAUGGAACAUGCCGUUGUAUCUGCUCACCUGGAAGAUUGCACCUUGUCUCGCCUUUGGGUGUACGGCUGUUGCGAAGCCAAGCGAGGUGACGAGCAUGACGGCCUUCUUGCUGGGUGAUAUCUUCCAAAAAGCCGGAGUCCCACCUGGAGUCAUCAAUAUCAUCUUUGGCGACGGAGCAACAACCGGUGCUGCCCUGGUGGCAUCGCCGUUGAUCAACGGCGUAUCAUUCACUGGAGGCACUCAGACCGGCAUUGCUAUCCGCCGCCUUACUGCGCAUCAGAUAGGAAAGCAUCUUUCCCUCGAGCUGGGUGGCAAGAACCCGACUUUGGUCUUUGCAGACUCGAUGGUGCCUUCAGUGCGCGAACGUACCAUCCGGGUUGCUGCCAUGGCUGCCUUUGAGAACCAGGGAGAAAUUUGCCUCUGUGGCUCGCGGAUUUAUGUUGAAAAGUCUGUUUACAACGACUUUGUCCGCGACUUUACGGCUUAUGUCAGGGAGAAAUACGUGCUGAAGCAGACUGUCGGGGCGGUUGCCAGCUUGCAGCAUUGCGACAAGAUCAAGAGAUAUCUCGAGUUGGCCGCGGAACAAAAGGCGACAUUUCAUCUUGGGGGUGCUCCGCCAACUUUGAACGAGGAUGAGGCCCAAGGAUACUGGAUCGAACCGACUAUCUUGACGGAUGUGGCCAAGAAUUCGGCGAUUCAGAUUGAUGAGAUAUUCGGCCCCGUGGUGACCAUCACUCCUUUUGACAAUGAACAGGAGGCAAUCCAGCUUGCGAAUGAUAGCGAAUAUGGACUGGCAGCCAUUCUACUAACGACUGACGGAGCAAGGAUGAGACGUGUUGGAGAGCAGCUCGAAGCUGGUUUGGUCUGGGUCAACUGCUGGUUGGUCCGAGAGCUUGGAACUCCUUUCGGCGGAAUGAAGAACAGCGGAACAGGAAGAGAAGGAGGCGAGCAUUCCAGAGACGUGUUCACCGUUGUGAGAACACUGCAUCUGCCCGCCUACUAG